UAUUCAUAUUCCAAUUUCCAUUAACAUUCACAUGAAUCAGCACAUACAUUGUCAUUUGUAUUGUUCUACACAUAUUUUUCUAACCAUUCUAAGUUUCAAAUUAUUCCACCUUUCUUUCACUUCCAUCUUGUUCUUGCAAUCUUCACUCUCACCAAUUUUAAGCUACUAAACAAGAGAAUGAACAAUCAUAGAGAAAUUCAUGUUGUUGAUGGAACAACUAGUACAAACUUGCACAACAAUAGCAACAACCCUUAUGUUCACCUUUCCCCUUCUUCUGCAGCUGCAAACCGUCCUAAUUCAGUGGACAAAAUAAGUGGUGUGAUAAAUAAUUGUAGUAAGAAGGUUGAAGAAGCAACUAGACAUGCUGAGAAUAUGGUUGAUAAUAUAUGGAAUCACAUAAGAAUCAGUUCUAGUCCAGCUGAUGCUGCAAUGGCUAGACUAGUUCAAGGAACAAAAAUGCUUGCAAAUGGGGGAUCUGAUAAGCUAUUUCAUCAAACAUUUGGUGUUUUUCAAGGAGAGAAAAUAUUAAAGCAAUAUGUUUGUUACAUAUCAACACCAUCUGGACCUGUAAUUGGAACACUAUAUAUAACAACUAAGAGGUUGGCAUUUUGCAGUGAUUACCCACUCUGUCAUUAUCCAUUCUCCUUGCACCAUCAAUGCAUGUUCUAUAAGGUGGUAAUGCAGCUGGAUCAGUUGAGGACAGUUAGUCCUUCAACAAACAGAUUUAACUCAAAAGAAAAAUACAUCCAGAUUGUGACAGUGGAUGAUUAUGAGUUCUUGUUUAUGGGGUUUGUGUCAUAUGACAGAGCUCUCAAAACUCUGAAUGAGGUUCUACAGCAUUAUGGCAACCGUUCUUCAAGUGGAAACAUUAAUGUGACAAGGCAUGUGGCCUAAAAAAUUGUAAGACACAUUUCACUGUGUGCACAUACUCUUCAUAAGACACAAAUAAAUUAAAUAAAGGGAAUGUACUAUACUUUACUUGGCUCAUAAUUAGUUAGUUACUCCUUCACUUUGUUGGUUGUUUUUUUGUAAUGAAAUCAAAAGUUUAUAAAUAAGUGUCAUUGUAUUUCCUUUAUUCAAUAUAGUUAUGAAGUCUAAGUGUGGAA